AAAAGCAUGUAUAUUUAGAUAAAAUGAGUAAUUUCUUCAAGUAGGUUGCUCUGUUAACAAAUACAGAAUCAUGGUAAAACAAACUAGCAGACGUGGAAAAGUCAGCUUUCUUGACUAUCAGGAUAUUGAGUAUACAGAAAUUAAACCUAUCCGACCAAACCAAUCCGUCAUACUCGCUGGUCUAGGUAUCCAGGGUAGAAAGGUUCCUGCUUGGCAUAAGGAUAGGGGAUACAGGAGUACUCAGGGUGCAGGAUACAGUGAUGGACUAGUUCUUCACUCUGCCAGACCUAGAACUCAACAGGGUUGGCCAGCUGCUAAACAAGUUAUAUUCCAUAUAUCUUCCUCUGCUAGUGGAGAAGUUAGAUCUCCUGCUCCAAUCAAAUCCAUCCUUGCAUCCUCUCAAGAUGGACGUCGGGCUCAAGAUUUGGAUGAGGUCUACCAAAGCUUGGUUUACAAACACUUGGAUACAAUAAGUCGGGUAGAGGAUGGAGGUUUAUCUAGGCUAGAGGUUAGCUGGACCAACCAAUCAGAGGCCAGAGGGAAGGAUGAGAAGAGGUCUAGAUCUUGUAGUGGAGGUAGAUUAUCUGCUAGAAAUACUGCUUCCUCAAAUAUAUCAAGACCUAGCAGUAGAACAUCUAGGCCUACUAGUAGAGCAUCAAGACCAAGUAGCAGAACAUUAAGAUCUGGCAGUAGAGCAUCAAGACCUAGCAGUAGAGCAUCAAGACCAAGUAGCAGAACCUAUCAUCACAAGACCUUGUCAGUACAAUCUCAAGAAGAAGAAGAGCAGGUAGAUGACAGUGAUGAUGAACUGAGUAUUCUUGGUGACAGUAUUGUUAGGGAAUCCUUAAAUCAUGUCCUCAAACCGGAACAAGAUUCAGAUUCAGAUCUAACAGAAUUAGCUGCGGAGCUGCUAGCUUCAGAUUUAAGGGAUGACCAGUUCACAGAGAUAGAUUAUAUUAGGUCAGGGCUUGCACCAAAUAGUGAUGCUUUUGUAGAAAAGAGUUAGUGGACGGAAAUAUUAUAUUUACUUGUGAUGCAGGAAAUAUCUAAAACACGUUGUUUUAAAAUCAACAUCUGAUUGUUUACUGUUUAUAUUUAUCUUAUAGUUAUUCUUAUAGUUAUAUAUUGUUGAAUAAAAGUCGCCCUUUGUCACUUCU